AUGCUUUGACGGAUGCAGACCAAGAGACCAUUCCCAGGUCUCACUUUCUGUGCCUUCUACCUGGCCACCUACCUCACGAACAAGUAUGUCCUGUCUGUCUUGAAAUUCACCUAUCCCACCUUAUUCCAAGGGUGGCAGACAUUAAUUGGAGGACUUUUGCUUCACAUUUCUUGGAAGCUAGGUUGGGUGGAGAUCAACAGCAAUUGCAGGGCCAAGGUUCUGGCAUGGCUUCCCUCUUCAAUGCUAUUUGUGGGGAUAAUCUAUGCAGGUUCCAGGGCGUUGUCUAGAUUGUUGCCCAGGGAGGACUCCGAAAGGUUAAGUGGAUGGGUAACCCUUUCAGGUGAUCUCUUCAGGGCCCUGGAAUUUCCAUUCCUGUAUUUUUACAGAUUCCAUACCAGCUGCUGUGCCAGUGGAUUCUUGGGAUUCUUUCUGAUGUUAAGUUCAGUGAAGCUAAAAAACAAUGUGGCUCCAGGACAGCACACAGCCUGGAUUUUCUUUGCCAAGGGGUUGAACCAGAUGAUGCAUAAGGUGCCUUCCAGUUCUAAAUCCUCUACAAAAAGGAAAUACCAUGUCACAUGA